UUUAUUGCGUUUAAGCAAACGAUAAAAUAUGUGCUGCUGAGCGACAACAAUUGAGAUACAGCUGAGAGAGCGAAUGAACGAGUAACCGAAUGCAGCGCCGAAACUGCCAAACCUAAUACAACUCAUCUUGCCAUAAAAUUUAAAUAAAGUGAAGGACAAAAGUGUGUAAAAAGUAGUGAAGAAACAACGGUCAUGUAGUGCCGAGCGCGAAAAAAGUGUGCUGUUUUUAUUGCUAUCACUGUGCAUAUAUCUCGCGUUUCGAUAGUCGCAAUAAAUUUGUAUGUGACUGGUGUGGCUUGGGCAACGGGCGUGCGUCAUAAAAUGUUUGUCAGUGUUCAUGUAUUGCUCAAAAAACGUGAAAAAUGCAUAGGAAAAAGUAUAGUAACAAACAUUUAAAGGAAGACGGUUAUACCCAAACUGCUUCCUUAAAAAACCCGAAAAUUCCUAAAAACCAAACUGCAAGUACGUGCAUACAAGCAUGCAUAUGUGUGUAUACUCAUAUAUGUAUGUGUAUGUCAUCGAAUUGUUGAAUAGUGCGAUAUGUGUGGCCAAUUUGACUAUGUAAAAUUUACUUAAUUUUUUCUCAGUUGUGAAAAAAAUCAAAAGGAAGGAGUAAAUGCAGUGAAAAUGUGAAAGUAAUGUAAACAAAUCAAUAACGCAAUAUGUAACGUGGUUAAUACAGUAUUCGAAAGGCUAAAGUAACGCCUGUUGUGAUUUCUUACAAAAAUUUUAUAGAAAGAAUCAACACGAAUUUGGAAGAUAACCAGAAAGAUAAGAUCAUGAAAUGCGGUGAUACAGUGUCUAAUCUCAAGCGACAACUUCAAAACCGAGGAAAACUAGUAACAAAACCUAUACCUUUAUGUGUAUAAUCACGAACAUAUAAAAGUACAAAAAGAUUAACAUUUUCAAAUACUAGUAGAACCAGGUUCAAAAACCAAUUAAAGUGUAAUAUAAUAUUAAACAAAUUACAAAGGAGUUCAACUGCUCUAAUGUCGUCGAUAUUACAACAGCAAUUAACAUUUGAAAAGUUGAUAAAAGCUCCUGUGCAUACAUGUGGCGCUGUUUUUCCAACGCCGUCAACGCUUUCACCGAUUUUACAUAACGAGCCUGACACAAAUAAAACAACCACGAAGUCGCAGUCAGCUGUAGAUUCCUUAGAACGAUUCUGCGCUGAUCCCAUGGCUAUGGCCGCACAUACGUUAUUAGCUGCAUCUACCGACUAUGUUAUGCCUGCGACUGAUAGCAUCAAAAACAAUAACAAUGAUAAAGUCAGUAAUUCAAAUAUUAACGUACUAAACCAGCAAAACAAAUGCUCUGUUAGUAAUAAUGUUGACCAAGUUAUCCCUGCAUGUGAAACGUUAAAUUCUUACCCGUCAGUCCAUGUUUUACCAAUUUCAGUAGAUAUGCACUCUUCUCAUGAUGACAGCCUAAAACUAGCUGCAUCACCGGUGCAGAGUAAGUCUUUUUCAGAAGACAUAGCCGAUAUUGACCACAUGUAUGCAUGCGAUAGAGAUCGUACAACUAAGCAGCUUGUCGAUGAAAAGCUACGCAGUUCAUCGGGUUUGAGCGGGUCUCCUGGCCACGAAGCCAAUACCCAUCAACUGCUAACUAAUCACACUCGUUCAUAUUUUGAGCAUGAAUUUAAACAGCAAGUAGCACCCGUUGUACUUAUUCCUCAAGAUCAUCACCCCCAGCACCAGCAAAAAUAUUCGCAAACUCAAGAAACUCAAGCCAACAAUGAAGUCAUAAACGGUAAAGGAAUUGAUAUUACAAAUAAAGAGCACCAGACGGUAAAUAGUAAACAUAAAGGUGGGAGAGAUUCAUCCUUUAAUAUUACCGCGUUUAGUAAUAGUAGUGGUGCCUGUGCCAAUGGAGGUCUAUGUGGUACAUCGGAAGAAACUAAUGUCGUCGAAGCUGACACGCGAAGAAAUAUUCCGGUCCUUGAUGUGCUGCUUAACGACGAGCAAUCGAAGAAUAUGUUUAAACAUUUGUCUCCACCUAAGAUGGGUUUAGCGCAAGCAAGUACACACGUUUUAGCCGUGCAGAGAAAUAUUGGUCCAAAUGCGGUUGCUGUUGGACGAGACAAUUUUCCACCACCUAACGAUUGUAUGAUUCCCGUCGACAGUUCUACUUUUUUAUAUGAAAAAGAAAGCCAGCUCCUAACUAAACUCUUUGCUACAGAUCUGGUAAUACCAAAAUGUUAUAUACCAACAAGUGCGGUAAACUCCUUUCAUGUGGAUGCCGAAGAUAUUGGCGGUCCCAACAAAUCAGGCAACCGUUCGCAGCAUGGUAACGAUAUGUUAGAUAAUGCAAAAGAAAAGCGUGAUGUUGAUUUAAGUAUGCAAAGUGCGCGCUCUACUUUACCCUCUACCGAGGCCACCAAACAGUUAAACGUACCUCCCGCGCCACUUAAUUUGCUAACAGAAAUACUUUUGCUCCAACAACACUAUCAGCACAAACAGCAAUCACAAUUACUAACAUCGGCUGCAAAUAAUGUUAAUAUUGCAACUGCUUUACAGAAGGAUCAACUGCACAUGAAUAAGUUGUCGACGGCAUCUCCACUGUCAGCACCUCUGACGCUCCCAUUUCCUUUCCAAUUACCGCUUCCUUUGUCAUUGUCCCUUCCUCUGCUGCAGCCGUUACCACUGUCAAUGCCACCCAUACCAAUUCUUGAAAAUACUAAAAAUAAUAACGGUAGCAAUUCGAUUUCGAAACAAUAUAAUUUCGAAGUGCCGGCGUUCCUAACAGGCGAUUCAACUGACAAAUGUAAAGAUCAGAUUUAUUUAAAAUCUAAGCACGAACCAGCAACACACCGCGAGCACCAGCAAAAAUCAACGGUAUCUUCACAGCAACAGCAAGAAGCUUCGAACCAUUUUUUAACUACACAAUUUCUGUAUUCGCGUAUGUUACCCGCACUAGCCGAUAAUUUGAGGGGACGGGAUCUCCAUAUGAUAGACUGCGCGCCCAGUAUUUCGAUGCUAAACACGCUUGCAAGCAGUACACUACCUUCCGAAAAUGAUAGUAAUAACAAUCGAAACAAUUUGCCAAACGACAAUAGUGAAAACGUUGAUACCAACUCAGCGUUUGAUACCGUAACUCUCUCUCCAAAACAAAGCAACACACAAUACACGAGUACACCCAAUUUAUCCACCGACAUCAGUAGGACUGACAGGUUUAGUUCCAUAAUGACAAACAGAAAUGCAACUACUACAAAUCUGAGCGGUACUGAGCUUUUAUCUGCACAAGAGGCGGCGCUUACGCAAGCCCAAAUACAACUUGAUAAGUAUUUAGGGCUUAGCAAUCAGUUUAUUGAACUCACACAAAACAAUUUAACAAUAUCUGACAAACUUACUGCCCACAUUGUACCACGCGUGUGGGAGAAUUUGCAGCAAUCUAAACAAUUAAUUCAUUCAACACAGACGCAGUUGAGUUUACUUAGGCGACAAUGCGCCAGCGCAAAGUUUUACUACGAGCGAACGAUGCGUCGGCUGUACUCAAGCGAUUCUAAGUAUCUGUCACAGUUACAAGCGCAUAAAAAACCCUCCGCAUAUUCAUCAUCCUGGUGUCCGAAUAACAUUGUAACUCGGGCAGCAGUAAUUGCAGCAAUGGCGGCUGCGUCGGAAUUACAGCCACUGCCGACAAACACUUUUGUUAAAACGGAGAGUUCUAUUAGUGGUAAAAGUGAAAUAACCGAUAAAGAAUGUGAGCGUGCUUUAGAUAAAAGUCAGACAUUGUUAGAAAUAGAGACUGUUAUUGAGCGUUACGUUAAGACGGUAUGCAAAAAUAAUGAAGAUGCAGACGCAGUUACUAAUGAGAUUAGCGGCAGUGACUUCAUGCCGAGAUCUAAUGAUAAUUAUGACAACACAAGAACUCCUGUUUAUAGUUCUCCAGGAAUAGCUAAUAAUGAUGAUGGGGAAUAUGAAUUUGAAUGCAAUGCGAAUGUAAAGCGUCGUAAUAAAACAUCAUCACCCUUCACGGUUGGCAGCAAUGCAAACUGGCGAUUGUUGGAGGCAUCGUCUCCUAUCUGCUUUUGGCAUCCAGAUAAUCGAGGGCUCAGCGUAAAUGAAGGCGUGCUUUCUGCUUCCGAAAUUAUACUGGAAUGUGCAGCAUUAAGUGUUCAAGCGCAUAUGCAAGACCCCUCUAUUGUAGUAAACAGAAUUGCUGGUGAAAGAACGUCUACCCCCUCACACGAAUGUGAACGUGGUGGAAUAACUGAAAAUUCUGAACAUACGACUACGGACGGUGAAACAUUUCAAGGCUUACUCCUAAAAAGAGUUCUAAACACGCGCUCAGGUUCCUACAAUGGCGAUCAUGACACUGAAGUAAUCAAGAAUGCAAAUAACGAAAAAAAAGAACUACAACAAUCACCUUCAGGCUCGCCAAUGGCCGUGAAUGCCACAAACUCUCCUAACAUGCUGACACCAACGUCCACGCCAACUACUACACCGACGCCGCCCAACAUAAAUGCUGCUAUUGUUGGAAAAAAUCAUCGCAAAUCAAAUUAUGCUCAUCACCUCGAACCAUCAAUCAGCCCUGCAUCUACAAUUACAAACUUAACUCAUAAAAAGGCUUUAUUUUAUGAACAAUCGAAUUCUCAAACGCUUAGACAACGUUACAGCAGCAACAAUAACGGCGAUAUUGCUAACAAUAAUACUAACGACAACAUGGACAACAAAAUUGAACCAAAUAAAAAACUUGAGACUCUGCAAGUUAUUCAAGCAACGUCGGAAUCACCAGUUUCACCUUCAGUGGCAGUAAAUAUUGGGCAUAACAAAAAAAAUCAGCAACACCAACAACAGCAGCAGCAGGCAGCGUUCAGUGGUUGCAGUAGCAGCAGCACUGGCGGUAGCGGCAGUGGUUGCUUAUAUGGUCUAAAUGGUCCAUCAUCUAAUACUAACAGCGAAACAACUACAGCAGCGGUGGCGGCAUUGCAGGAAUGCGCUUUUACCAAUAUUUUUAAGGCACGUUUCAACGCGCUAACGGCUGCAGCUGUAAUGAAUGCUACAGUGGGAAUUUCGGCGGCUGCUGCCGCCGCAUCCGUAAUAGAUGGACCGUAUGAUUUAAGCAUCAGCAGAAAAGCUAAGCAAACAAACUUGGAUAGUAAAAUAUCAACGGCUAAUCCACAAGGAAAUGAGUGCAAAGACAAUUCGAAUGAGAAGAAGAAACCGCAUAUCAAAAAGCCACUGAAUGCGUUCAUGCUCUACAUGAAAGAGAUGCGAGCCAAAGUUGUUGCCGAGUGCACUUUGAAAGAAUCGGCUGCAAUAAAUCAAAUACUUGGUAGAAGGUGGCAUGAACUUAGCCGUGAAGAGCAAAGUAAAUAUUACGAAAAGGCGCGACAAGAGCGCCAAUUACAUAUGGAAUUAUAUCCAGGGUGGAGCGCACGGGACAACUACGGCUAUGUUUCGAAAAAGAAAAAGCGUAAAAAAGACCGUUCACCCGCGGAUUCGGGAGGUAAUAAUAUGAAAAAGUGCCGUGCUCGAUUUGGUUUAGAUCAACAGAAUCAGUGGUGUAAGCCCUGCAGACGUAAAAAGAAAUGCAUACGCUAUAUGGAAGGAUUGAGAGGUAGUGCCGGUAUCAGUGGCACCAAAGAUGAUAGCUUUCAGGACUUAGACGAUCUAGAUGACAAUGCUAGUGAUGAAAAUCUGGGUAGUCCAGGCAGUAUUGAUGACAACAACAAAACACCUGACGAUGAUACCGGAUCACUGAAUCAUUCGCUAUCUAGUCCGGGCUGCCAAAGCGGUUUGUCUAGUCUUCAGAGCCCGUCUACCAGUAUGGCUAGCCCAUUAAAUCUGCUCCCUAGUCCUGCAACGCCCUCAACGAUCGGUCUGCCAUUUGGACUUACUGACAAUCAACAAGAUCAGAAUGUGCAAAGUCAGCAGCAACUACAACAACCGAACAGCGGUAUCGAUUCGGCAGCUCAACAAAUUCGUAUGCAACAGUCGAGCCAACAUCAAAUUCAUUUAAGUCAACAUCAGCACCUUCUGCAGCAACACCAGCCGCAUCCGCAUACUACAUCCUCACACAACGGUAUUUACGAGCAUGCCGGAAGAUCGUUUAUCUGUAGUGGUAGCAUUGGUGUCGGGAGAAGCACAAUUAUAUCUCCAUCUCUGUCAAAUAAGAGCUCCAGUGGCAUAUGUAUUGGCAGCAGCAACACUCUAAUAAAUACCUCAUCAUCAGCGUCUGGUGUGACAACCACGGCCGCCUUCACAGAACGCACUAUGCGUUCACUUCUGAAUCCUAGUCCUUCCGGCCUAUUGCUGAAUAACAAUUGCUUUCCACCAAGCGGCCUAGAAUCAAGCGCAGGAGCUAUAAUUUCCAUAGAACAUAUUCUAUCAAAUGCCAAUAAAAUAUCAUCCGGCACUGCAUCCAAUACUACAACCACCAACACCGUGGGCAAUAGAGCCAACGACGAUUUAAAUGGUUUUAUUUCCUUCAAUAACAAUAGCGAUCCGUCUUUUACCAAUAACACCGGCAAUAACAGUGCUUGUGAAAAUAAUUCAAUGGCAGUUACGUCGACACCGUUAGUCAGCGACACAGUCAAACCUUUACCAGCCGCGGUGGCAAAAUCGAGCGUUUCGUCGUCUGCGCCGUCUUCACCUGUUGGCGAUACUUUCGAAAAGGCAGUUGCUCCUGCUCAACGAAACCCUAUAGGCGCUAAUCCACAUGAUAUCAACAACCCGCUCAGCAUUAAUCAGCUGACGAAAUGCAGUGAAAGUACAAGCAAUACCAAUAAAAAUAUUGUGACAACUACUAACAAUAAUUUUAAGAAUAUCUUUGCAACGGCUGACAAAAACAGCAAUUCAUCAUGUUUUGAUAAUAUAUCAACAGCAUCCAGUAGCAAUACUAACGGGAUCGCAGCAAAGAAAUAUAAUCAUAACAAUCAACAACUGCCAAAACAACUAGCCUUACGAAUAUCCUCAACCGCUUCAUCGCCUCAACAACAGCAGUUAGCAACGACGUGUUUAUUCCCGCCAGUACCGCAACAUUAUCAGCAGCAAUUCCAUUUGCAUACAUCUACUGGACAGCCAACGCCACCAACGCACCAUCAUGCAUCCCACCGCCAUUCGCAUGCACAUCCACCAUUGUUCAACCAACAUUUUCAACAAUUCAGUCAUCACUUGGCGUCCGUGGCAGCGGCGGCGGCUGCAACAAAUGUCCACAUACCCAAUAUAUUGAGUGCUGCUGUUGUGAAACCCAACAACAGUAUGCAACGUAAUACUACAAGCAAUGUUAUAGCUAACGAAGCAGCUGCACCAACAAUAAUUGAAGCGAUUGAAACUAUUGCUGAGGAUAAGGCAUGCACAGAAAGCGUCGGAAAUCUGACAGCGCUAAAAUGCCAUGCCUCAGAGACAACAGUAGCGACAACGACGUCUAUGCCAGGUACAACAACAGUAACGACGAAGACGCUGCCAGUGUUGGCUGCAGACAACACACCCCUUCUUAAUGUUAAUACAACCGCUUCCGGCAAUGAAAAUGGAGCAAUUAGCGUUACGUAACGGUAUCAUCAGAAGGGCGCACCGCAAACCGUUGAUUUUAAUGUAGUUUCGUUGUAUAUCAUAAAAAACGUAUUAUUCGUUUCGUUAUAAUUUGCUUUUAAUAGUUUGUGAAUAUGAGUAUUACAAGAAUAAGCAAGUAUAGUUCCGAGUAAGCCUUCAAAACAUUAAUGUGAAUGCAAAUUAUAGUUGCAUAAACAUCCUUUACUUUCUGUUAUCUAGCGGUGGCUUAGUUAUGGACUCAUGAGGCUGGAAAGCUAAUUAUACUUAAAUGUAUACAAGUAUACAUAUUAUAUAUUACAAAUAUGCAUGCAAUAUUAGGCGGUUAAGCGAGUCAAGAUGCAAUUAAUGGGUUAAUAGUUUUUAGUAAUCAACUAAAAAUAAAUUCUAUCUAUAUUAUUAAAGAAAUUGCAGCCACAUUUUUGGUAAUAAUAAUGUUAAAAAGAAAUAUCCAAAACACUCAAAAGCGAUAAAUGGACACGGAUUUUUAUCCAGCCAAAGACUGACAACUCAGCCUUAUUUCUCUUAAUUAUUUCAUUAUUGUUGUUUAACUACCAAACAAACUGACCGAUAAAAAUCAAGUUCUUGUAUAGAAACUUGCUUAUGUGAGAAGGAUAUUCUAGCUUCGGUGCAACCGAACGUUUAUUAACAUUUUUCUGCUGUUAAUAAUAAGUCUUAGAACAAAUAACCAGUCCUGCUUUCAAACCAAAAAAAUUCGUAUCCAAUAUUUUUCAUCAACCAACAAAAAAAAUUUCGAAUGUUUAGUACGAAAAAAAUUUCCGAAUGUAGAUUUCAGAUGAAUGACCCAUUUAUAGGACUUCAAAUACAUACAUUAUGCUUCUCGCCAAAAGUAAUAGCUAAAAACUUUUCACAUAUCAUUAGACAAGCCAUGUAAUGUUGUCACAGUCAUCUUGAGUGCGUGCACAUAACUUAUACUUUCAUACAUAUACGUUUCAAAUAUCAUGUAAGCAAAUAUAUUUGGCCUUGAAUAUACUUGGUAGCGGAUUCAGCAUUCAAAAUUUGAUAAUCUGUCAAAAUUUUUAAAUACAUACAAAAUACAAAUUACAAAAUAUUAUUGCCAAAGGAUAUACACGGAUAGUUCAAUAAUGAAAUAUUGUUAUGUGAGAAGCCCAGUUAUAUAUAAAUAUAUAGAGGUAUACAAUGUAAAUUAGCUAUACACAUCACUGUGUGUAAAAAUAUGGAAAUUACUAGAAAAAAUUCAAACCUAAUUUUUUUAAGUAGUGCAGUUAAUUAGGUCAUGAAAUAGUAUACAGUAUAAAUUUACAAAAAGAACAAGAUACUUUUAUUUAUGUAUAUAUAUAUAUACAUAUAUAUGCAUAUAUGAACUCAUAUCUUUAAAACCAAAUGAAUUAUAAGAACAAUGUAUUCAAAAUAUUUAAAAAUGAAUGUAAAACCACUUAAUGAUAGACUUGACCGAAACUCUAAACGAAUUUAUUUGUCAUAAGCAACAGGUAUAAAGGAACAAUUAAAAAAUAUUAUAAAAUGAAAAAAUAAUAUAAAUUUCAACAAAUAUAUAUUUUGUCAUAUUUAUAUAAAAACCAAUCAAAUUAAAAACACAACAACACACAAUUGAUUACGUAUACCAUAUCUAAACCGCAUAAAUUACUUUUGGAAAAGCACAUGAGCUACACACAUGCACAGUCAGUAAAUGAAGUAAAGGUGAAACUAGCUACAGAAUGCCAUACAGUCCAUAAAAAGUUUGCGUUCAUUCGAUUCUAUUUAGAUGAUUCCACAAGUUUUUGCCUUUUGCCCUCAUUGGCCAUUUACCAAUUUACUUCACAUCUCAUAUCAAACUUUCAGUACACUCGCUACCUUCUCAAUUUGAUACAGGUUAUAAAAUAAAUUCAAGAAAUUGAAAAAACUAAAUAUAGUAGCUAAAAAUGAAAUAAUUAGACAAUUUUACGAUAGUAACGCUAAGCAAGAAACAUAAUCAAUAUAAUGAAAAUACAAUAUAAACUGUGCCACAUUUUUGUCAUAUAUAUAUUUUUUCGAGUAUUAUGUAAAGUAAAUUAUAUAAACUUUAACAAAGCACGCAAAAAAAAAAAUUGAUGAAAAAGCAAAAAAAUAUAGAGUAAAAAUAAUUGGUUAAAUAAUACAAAUAAUAUUUAGACAACGAUAAAUACAAAUAUAAGCCUGCAAUUUAGCAUUUAAAAAGCAUAUGAAUAAGAGGAACAAUAUAGUAUACAUAUGUAAAAUAGCUUAUUACGUUUUCUGUUUUAAAUUUACAGGUUUUGUUGCGAAGCGUAAAUAUAAAAGAAAAUCUUAAAAAUGGAAGUAAAGUGCUUGCUCAGAGAAUUCGACAGUAUUUCUCAAAAAAGUUUGCAUUAUAUGACAUUGAUACUGGCCAUGCUUUCAAACCUUUUUAGCAACUUGACUAAACAAUGUUAUACACCAUUGUAACAAGAAUAAAAUGUACACUGUGUCCAUAUAUUAAUUACUUUUUUAGUCACUUACAUACGACAAUUAAAUUAAUAUGUUUUCAAUAACAAUUCGAAGGCAAAUAUUUCGAUUUUGGCGGCCAACAGAAAAAGGCGGGACUACUUUGCUUUUUUGAAUAAUUAAAAAGAUAAAAAAUUAUAAACAAGCGUAUGUUAUUUGUCUAAUAUCUUCUUCUAAACAAACACGAUAUGCAUAUGUUUCAAAUGACAGAAUGUGAGCAUAAAUUUGAUGAACAGUUGCAGCAAUCACUAUUAACAACAAUUUACAACUCACCAUGGCAAAAAAAAAACAAAGCAAAAUAUAAUUUUAAUAAGUGGCGAUAAAGGCGAUACACAAACUAAUUGUUUAAACAUGAUUGAAACAUACAAGUGUAAAUAAGUCACAAGGCGUAUACAUUAAGAAUGUAAGCGGACUAGCGUAUAUGUAUGUUAUGUAAGUAUGUACGUGCGUAUGGGUAACAUACAGCUAUUAAGUAAAUUAAACGAUAAAUGCCUAAAAUGAUAAAUAAACAAACAUACAUAUAUAUUCAUACAGAUCCAUAUAUAUAACGAAUAGCAAUUGUGGCCAAGGCGAGUUAUGUAUGCAUAUGUAUCGAUAAUUGCCAAUUUUCACUAAAAGACUGUUACUAUCUAUUAGUUGUAUAUAUAAAUUAUCAUUAAUAAGCGAUUAAUGUAAAGAUAAUAACAAAGUGUAAUAAAAAAUAAAAACAGAUUACAAGAAUUUCAUUAGAUUUAAAAUUAAAAUAAUGUAGUUACAACAACCAUAUUAGUGCGUAUAAAUAAUUAAUAGGUAAUCAAUAUUAUACAUGUAUGUAGGUGCAUAUGUAUGUUAUUAUAUAAAUAUAAGGUGAAAUGUAAGCAAUGUGCGUUGUGAAGAAAAUUAAUUUUUAAAUGCAUUUUUGUAUAUGUGUCAGUGAAUCACAAUGAACUAACCACAAUCUUGCGUAAUGAUGCCUUUGUAUGCACAAGAGAAAAGUUAAAAUAUUUAUUUGUGCAUUAGCGGUACUACAUUGCUUCCCACUGAAUAAUUGCGUAUAAAUGCAAAUAUAUAUAUAUUUUUUAAGUAUUGAUAUACUAUACAGCUAUGUAUUGUAGUGUACAGCGGAAUACGACAAGUCAUGUAUGGUACAAAAAUACCUGGAAAUGUACUACAUUAACACAGCAUACCUUUAAAAUUAUUAAGGUGUGCAAAAAAUCAGAAUUACAACAUUUGUUGCUUGUCAAUAUACACACGGCAAUUGAGUUGAUAUUUGGCAUAAAUUCGUACUUUGAUACAUACAUACAUGCAUAUGUAAAUAUUUAUCACAUGCUCCGCUUUGAUGCGGUAGUAUACUUAUACCGGUGUGUCUAACGGCAGACUAAAUCUUUAAUUUGGUUUAACCAAAGAUAGUAAAUAACGGCGAGAAAUACAGCUACUUAGCGAAUAUGAUCAAAUUCACUAAAUGCAGCUUUAUUUGUAAAUGAGCUCUCAAAGAGCAUUUUCGUGCACCAAUUGUAAGCAAAUUGUUAACUAGUAUGUUUUAUAAAUUUUAACAGCAUGCAUGCAAUGUUUUGGAAGCUCCGUUUUAAUUACAUCAACAAUCAGAUUUACAAGUAUAUGUUCACAAACUGCUUGAAUUUAUUGAAAUAACACAUAUUAUGUGUAUAUUAAAUAUUUCUGCGGAAAGCCUAGCAUUAAAUGCAUUUCAUGUGGAAAUGCUAAACAUAAUAUAGUAGAGACAAAGUUAUACCGUGUGCGCAAUUGCAAUGCUUAUUUUGGGUUUACCACGAAGUUUGUAACACCUAGAAGGAAACGUAAUCAGCAUGACAAGCUGAGUUAAUUUAGCCAUGUCCGUCUGCCAGUCUCACGUUUUGAGCUAUCGAUCUAAAUUUUCUUUUUCCCUUUUCUCCCCAACAAGGUGUUAAUUUGUCGGACAUUGGCCUACUAUAGCAUAUAGCUGUCAUACAAAUUCAACGAUCAAAGUUAAGUUCUUGUAUGAGAAACUUUUUUAUUUAACAAGAUAUCUUCACAAUAUUUGACAUGAAUUAUUGUCCAAGCCAACGCAAUAAUAUCCAAAAAACAAUUGUAGAUCGAAGUACAGUAUAGCAUAGACAUACAUAUGAACAGAACGCUAAAAAUUAAGUUUUUGAAUAGAAAACUUCUAUAUUUGUGAAGAGUGCUCUAGCCUCGGUGCAACCGAAGUUCAUGUUUUUUCUUGUUUUCUCUUAACUUGCUUUUAUUACACUUUAAUAUGGCAUGACACUAUGUCAAGGUUCUGUUUUCAUAACGCUUUAGCAUUAUAUAGCGUUGAAAAUUGUACUAAAUUAUUUUAUAGCUUAGUAUACUUAAAUUUAAUUUAAGUAACUUUUACAUUUUUUUACUAUUUGUGUUGAAGUAUUUAUGUAAUGUAUCCGUAUGUAAUUGCUGUUUCAUCUGUUUAUUUUGAAAUUAUAAUUAGCAAACUACUAUGUCAUGUGUGAACUAAUGUGUUAUUGUUAAGUUACAUCUGAAUGUAUGAGUACGUGCAAUAUAUACGUCUUUAGUAUACGCAAUUGAUUUAUUCAUAUGUUAUACGGACUAUGUGUGUGGAAAUUUUGAGCCAAAUUUAAACAUUUAAUUAAGUACUCCCGUAUAGGAAGAAAAUUUCCACCAAAUAUUUCAACAUUAUCCGUAUGAAUGCCUUACAUCUGUUAUAUUAAUGCACAUUGCCGGCUAAUCAAUCCAUUUGGAACAAUCAUAAAAUUAAAUUAUAUAUUUAUGUAUAUACUAAAUAUGUGUACAAGAAAUGCCAUAUAUUCUAGAAAGAAAACUGAACUAGGAGCUUUUACAACCAUAUUAAAGUACAAAUAGUAAAUUGCAACAGUAAACAUUUAUUUUAUAGGAGUAUUUGUAAUUGUUGUUAAAACACAGCUUCAUAAAUUUAAUGCUAUUGCAAAUAUUUGCUAACGAACCGUUUCGAUGUAUUUAAAAUAUUAAAAAAAAUAUUAUUUUAUUAUUUGGAAAAAUUAUGCCACGAUAAAUAAGCGGAAAUUGCCUUGUUAUAAUUAUUACAUGUUCAAUUUUUCUAGUAUUCGACAAAAGCUUAUAAAUUCAACACCGUUCGUUAAGAAAACAGUUAUUUUAUUAUAUGGAAAAUAUAUGCCAUGCUAAAUAUUUCUAAGAGCAAAUCUCUUUUUUAAAUCUUACAAAUAUAACUUUCUAAUAUUCGACAAAAAUAGUUCUAUAAUUACUUUUUUCUAACAUGGGGCUAAAAUAUCUAAAUUCAACGCUGCUCUAACUACUAACCAAAGGCACCAUUUAUUUAAAAAAACAUGCCUCUAAAGAUAUUUAAAUUCUGUUGCGCCAUUCAUUAAAUCGGCAGUGCUCCUAUUUUUCCGAAAAGUACACGCAGUAAAGCUUUGCGGAACUGUUCCACAUUAUUCUUGAUUGUUUCCAGCUUCAUAGUAUUUUACAAAAGCAAUACUCUAAAUUUAAUUACUGAAAGUCUUUGUAUUUGUCAAUACGUGCCGUAUGUAAUUGCUGUUUCAGUACCGCAAAAUCUUUGUUUGUGUUCACUGAAUUCAAUAACUAAAUGAAAUGUUGAUAAGAAAUACAAGUAUUACUAGAAUUUUGGUAUGUGUUAUUUCUAGAGUCCUUGUGUAAAUAUAUGUGCAACUUUAUAAAAUCUAAUCAUUUAAAUGCUUCCAUUAUUUAAGUGUUAUUUUUAAGUAAACUAAAAAAUAAUAGUUUACAUAUUAUAUAUGACAUCAUUUAUAUUGAAUAAGCGAAAUGAAAAUAUAAUGUAUAGUAUAAAAUAAUAUAUUAUCCGUUGAACUAUAUUUGAAAUAUAUUUCGCCAAUCGAUAGCCAUUUAACUAAAGAAAGUAAUAAUUUAUUUCAUAUGCCAUGUUUGUGCAUAAGUCCAAAGCAGGAUAUUAACCAAGGCCGUGUGCCCAGAGUGCAUCCAGUUUUUUGAUUGAAUUGUACAAAUGUGACUUAUGUGUAAUUUGCUAAGAAAUGGUAUUAUUAUCAAUGAAACUAAUUCAUUGCAACAGCACCGCUUUUCCAAAAUUUUUCUUCACUAUUCAUAUUUUUCGUCAUAUGGAUGCAGUGAUAAAGAAGUUAGUUAUUCAACAGUAUUUUUACAAUCCGAUAAUGCAUACCUACAUAAAAAUAAACAUAAGUAAAAUAAUUCAAGUUAUAAAAUAUGAAAGAUCUCCCAGCCGUGCAAAGAAGGGCGCAAUAUAUACUCAUGUACAUACCAAUUGCGACAUCACAUGUGCAAACAAAGUUAUAUAAAUUAUAUUUUAUUUUAAUUAAAUCCAUAAUGUUUAAGUUGUCAAUUAGCUAGUUUCAUACAUACAUGUAUUUAAACCAAAACCAAUAUAACUUUUAAAUACUGUGCCCCAUUGUUUAAAUCAUUAUAGGUAUAUUUAGAAGUAUACAUAAUAUGUAUGUAUUUUAAUAUAUAUUCUUAUAUUUUUUAAUGUUAGUAUACAUGUAUAUAAUGUAGUGAAAAUAAAGCUAAUAUGUGAAGUUAAUAAUUAUUGUAUUUUUAUAUGUGCCCGAAUUUAGAGUUGUAUGUAAUGGUUGUAUAAUUAAUUGAAUAAUUUAUUUAGAAAUAACUUUUCGUUAAAUGAUGACACAUAUGUAUAUCACACAAAUAUUACCUUUUUAAUAUAUGUACAUAUCGUCACUUAAAAUGUAAUGCAACGUAAUAACAAAAACACACAAAACCGUAUUACUAACAGUCUAAGUGUACUCCCCCCGCACUGUUGAGGGAUCAGUCAUCUAACCUAUCCUUCAAUGGUAUAUGUAUAAAGUUUUAACUGCCACCUUUCAGAUAUUACCACGUCAGAAACGAAUUAGUUUAAAUUUUUUAUCAUAUAAUUAAUCAUUAUUAUAUUUUUUAUCAUAUUGGUAACGAUGUUUCCAUCUCCUGCAAACUAAUGAAAUUCAGGGGUGUUGUGGAAUCUGAUAGUUGUCGGAAUCAGAAUUGAAACCGAUCAAAAAACGUAGUAGGUGUCAUGAAUUCAGAUAUCAUUGGUUUGAUAUUCGAAAUAGAAUUUGUAUCGGAUUUGGGUGGCACGGAAACCAAUUUUAUCGGUUUUGCUAUCAGAAACAAAGCAAGAAGAUAGUCGUUCACAGAUUUGAAAUGUAAGCUAAGAAAUCAAGUCAUUUUAUUAUUUCGAAUUAAUUUAUCUUUAUUUCUAUAGGGGAAACAUAAGUAUAAAACACGAAAUGUCUUAAUUAUUGAGUUUUUGGAAAAAAAAAAUCCGGAUAUUUAAAGAUAUUAGAUUUACAAAACGUAAUAAAUGUAAUUGAA